CGUUGACUCGUGCGCUAGAAAUACUUAUUAAAUUUAUAGUUAUAGUGCAAACAAAUAUGGCAGCGACAAAAAAUGAUAGCUUCAAUGCCGAUGAAUUGGUGGCACCCGAGUGGCUAAACGCGCAGUUCUUUGAGGAAGUACUUGGCCAGCAUGAAAAGGCAGCAGAACUCAAGGUUGUGAAUGUGAAGAUGUCUCCAGCGAGUGGCAAAGGCGAUCACUAUGCGAGCGUUAUGUUUCGUGGUAAUGUUUCGUAUACCACAGAAAAGGGCGAGUUCUCCAAGUCGCUGAUCAUCAAGACAAUGCCAGAGGAGGAGGGGCACAAGAAGGAAAUGCUGAGUGAUUCCUAUCUGUUCGAGACCGAGAUUGGCAUGUACACCAAAGUGCUGCCCAGAUUCGAGGAGAUUCUUAAAAAAGCUGGUGAUGAGACUAGGCUAUGUGUACCUUGUAUCUAUCACAGCCUUAAGCCGCGACAAAUUAUGAUAUUUGAGGAUCUGGUGCCGCAAGGUUAUACUGUUAUCAGGGAUAGGAAUGCUACUGUUGAGGAACUGAAGGGCGCAUUAACGAAGCUGGCCAAAUUGCAUGCAGUUAGCUUUCAGAUUCUACAUGAGACACCAGAUUUUCUGAAAGAAUUCAAACAUGGCCUGUGCUCAAUGCCGAACUUUAUGAGUGAUCCCUUCCUGACAACGGGCUUUGAUAAUUUUCUGGAGUUUCUUGACAAAAAACCAGAGUUUAACAAGUACAAGCCAUACUUCAAGAGCCUAGAGCAUACUUAUAUGAAACUCUUCACUGAUAUAAUGGAAGAGUAUCGUGAAAAUCGACAGCCCAAUGGAUUCUAUGCCUUAUCCCAUGGAGACUUUCAUCUGCGUAACAUGAUGUUCAAGUACAACACUGAAGAUAACAGUUUUGAGGAUUGCAUGUUACUUGAUUAUCAAAUAUGCAAUAUAUGCUCGAUUACCAUCGAUAUUAUAUAUUCUAUUUAUAUGCUGAUGUCUCCCGAAGAUCGUCAGCACAACUGCGAAGAGCUAGUUAACUUUUAUUUCUCCACUUUUGUUGAUACACUAAAGAAAACUGGCUUCAAAGGUGAACUUCCGCGUCUUGUGGAGUUUCAGAAGGAAAUGGCACGUCACAAAUUCUUUGAACUAUUUCUGUUGUCAACAUUUCUUCCGCUGAUGCAUGGUGUUAGGUCCAAUGCCUUUGAUAUACCUGAUGUGCUACAGAACAAUGAAAUUCGAAAAAAGUUGUACUUCUUGGAUGAAUAUGUCGAAGAUGUUAAGUUUUUGUUAACCAAAUUCGAAAAAUUGGGCUAUUUUGAUUGAUUUGAUAACAAAAUAUAAGUAGUACAAACAAAUGC